AUGGCGCUGACGGCUAAAAAGCCGUUUAAAACCAAUACAAGUGAUUUGCCUGAUGAUGAAGACAAGAAAUCUCCUGUUCUCCUCUUAGGGGUCAACAAGAUAUCUGACUCCCCGUCGUUCGUGAGACGACGUUCUUCAGAUCACUCCACUGGAUCUAUACGGUUCUUCAGACCACCAAAAUCAAAAUAUACAAGAGGUUUGCACGGCGAUGAAAGAUUAGAAAAGAUAAGACAAGAUUUGCUUGUUCAUAAGCAUAAAGAUUACAUUCCAAGAGAUAAAGAAAUAUCUUUAGAACCAGAAGAGAAUAAAUGCAUAAGACUUAAUUGUGGUGGAAACUGUAUUUGUGAGAAAACUUCUAAUCGAGGUAGUUUCUCAUUGAAAAAUCAAAGGCACUCUUCUUUGUGUCCUUCGGAACCUUAUGAGGAAGUAAAGAAAGAUUAUUCCGAAAAUGAUAUCGAGUUUAAGUAUAAAGAACAUGUACCGGAUAGUCAACCGAGUUGCAGUAAAAAUUACUACAAUGUGACGCCAAAAUCGGUUGACAGAAAAAACUUUUUGCUUUCAAAUUUAAAUGAAAGAUUUCGCAAAACAUUAAGCUUGGACUCUCGAAAAAUUGAAACAAAUAGAACUCCGUUAAGUUUGCCUCCGACAAGGCCAAAAUCUUUAGUCAACACCAGUAAUAUUUGUGUCCAACAAUAUAAAAGUGGAGAGCCAUUUGUAAAUCCAAAUUUUGAGAAGUCUAAUCAGCCAAAAAAAAAGAGGAAAUCUUUCUUUUCUCUAGACACAUUUUUCGAUAAAAAGUCUGACACAUCAUCUAUAGACGACUACUGUUCAUCAAAAUAUAAAAGAUUUGAGCUAGAAAGUGACGAUUCGCCUCUAUUUAGACGUGAACAACAGAAUCAGAGAGCAAAAACUCCAGAUUUAUUAAACUUACCUGUUAUAAUCGACUCCGUUCGCAAAAAACAAUCAGAUGCUAAAAGGCAGCUGGAAAAGCUAGAGAAUCACUACUACGCUAAACUAAAAAUAAGACAGGUGAUUGACGCGGUUCCAAAAGACGCCACUGAUGGCCCAAGUGGACAAAUAAACCACAUUUAUGUUGACGACGAUGACGUCGAAUACAUAGAACCAAUACAGAGUAAUUUUACAAGUCAAAGUACUUUAAUACUUGAGAAAAACAUCGGUAAUGAAAAUAAAGAUUCCAUAUUGACUAUUUUUACUGACGAAACUGAUAUAAAACUUCCCAGUUCGACAGUAUCGCCUAAAUCAGAUGUUAGGAAUGUGGAACAUGAUUUAGAUAGCAUAGGAGCUUAUGAAAUUGAAGUGAAAGAGUCUGAUUUGUUAAAAGUUUCAAAGGAUUUAACAGUUAAAGUGAUGGAUAAAUCUGUAGAUUCAAUCGGUAGCUGUUCGCUGGACGUCGAUGCUAGUACUGAUUUUUCAGAUACCACAUCGGGUAGUUUAAAUCUCCUAACACCAUCAUCAACUACCAGUCGAAUUCGAGAGUUUACAUCCAGAAUCCAAGAGAGGGCUUCUAACCAACCAUACCCAGAAAUAACGCCCCGUAUCACCCCUGCGGUGACACCAGUUAGAACUCCAGUGGUCACCCCUAUCAGGACUCCAGUAGUUACACCGAUCAGGACACCUGAGGACGCUACACCAACACCUCGUAGAUCUGAACAUUUUAAAGAAGAAAGAAAAACUGAGGAUAUCAAGUCUGACAAUCUUUUAAAACCGCCUUCAAAGACAUUCGAUACUGGUAGUCAUAGGUCGAGAAUUUCUCAGAAAAAAAAAGAGGAGAACGUUCAGAAGAAACCAAGCUAUCUGCAUCUAGCCUGUUCCGUUAAUGGAUACAAUACUUUAACCACAUAUGAUUCCAAAUUAAGGCAGGAUAUUAAUAAGAGCCGCGAAGCUUCACCGAUAAGACCUAUAACCCAUACUUAUCAGUACAAAAGUGAAAAUAACACCUUACUUGUGCCCGUUCCUGUCAGCGCGAAUAAACUGCUUGUACCAACCUUCCAACCCCAUGAUACAAGAACAGAUUUGACAGCAAAAGCGCCUUCUAAGGCGCACACAGAUCCCUAUUUAGCACCUAUACAUGUGUACAUGGCCGAAGAAAACAAACAGUUGAAAAACGAAUUUUUAGGUCCAAGCAUGACUACUACAAGUCGACCAUAUAUUUCUACGGAAAGUAAAAACUUUGCAGCAUCCAUGCUUCAUCAGAAAGAUGAAGUUGAUAAUGCAAAGGAACUUACUUUUAAGUCAUCAUACUCCGAGACUAACUUUAGAAAAACGCUUGCGAAUGGUAAAGACACUCAAACUCAAAGAUUUAGCUCUGAAUCGUAUACUAUUUCUUCCAACGGUGUAUCCAAACUUGUUGAGAUAACCAAGGAAAAUGGAGAGAAAUUGACAAGUCCAAUGAAAAGCUUCAUCCAGCAAAGGGUUGAGAGGUUAUACGGUCCAGGAGCAUUGGCACAAGGAUUUUUAAUGCAGAAUCGUCAAAGGAAAAGCAUAAGCGAAGACGAUACCAAGAUAUUAACGGAGAAAUCAUUAAAUUGUCAAAGCGAACGGUUUGCAUCGCCAAAAAAAUCCAGUACUAGUUCGGACUCCGAAAACGUGUACUCUAGUCCAAAUGGGGAGAUGGAUACCAGUGUCUCUUUGCCUGUAUUAAGGCAUUUAAGGCCUGAAUUUCGAGCUCAAUUACCUAUUUUAUCACCAAAGAAAUCUAUUAAACAUGAAUCAAUGGAAGAAUCGCCUGUAAAAGAAGACAUUCCGAAUCAAAAGACUGAUCAAGAGAUUUCAAGUGACGAAUCAAUAACUAACGGUGUCUCUGUGAUAAAAUUGAAUGAUACGAGUGUUGUGAUUGAACCGGUGAACGGCGUGAAUGGUACGGAGAAGAAUAACGGUGAAGCUGUGAAAGAUGCGCAUUAUUUCUUGGAUUUGGAAAAGAAGGAGACUGAAAGGCUUAUCGCGUUAGCUGUCACUGCGGAGAAGGAAUUGGAGAAUCUACAGGAUCAGGAAGUGAGUGAUGAAGUAUUGGGCUUUCUCCGCUCAGCAUCGGGGAAAGCGCGACUUCUGGCUACACAGAAGAUGCAGCAAUUUGAAGGUCUCUGUUACAACAACUUGAACGAGCGGCACGACGAACCGUUCCCGACCACUCUGGAAGACCUGCAAGGCUUCUGGGACAUGGUCUGUCUGCAAGUCCGGAACGUUGACGCUCUCUACGAACAGAUCGCCGCUUUAAAAGCCAAUAAUUGGCAGGAGCCGGUACCGGUGUCGAAGCCCGUGCUGCCAUUGGCGGCGUCGCCGCAGCGGCGCCCACGUGCAGCGCCGCAGGUCAAGAACGAGAAGGCCCGCAUAGCCGCCGAAAAGAGGGAGGCCGACAGGAAAGCCAUGAUGGAGCAUCGGAGACGCAUGGCUCGCGAGCGGCAGUUGGCUGCGCGCACUUCGACGCCGGGGACCAGCCGCGAGCAGGACAACCAGAUGGGCAUCGAAGGAAGCCAGGAGGUAGAAAUCUUCGUGGGCAAGAACAUCAAACCGUGCAAAGUCGCGCCGCGAGGCGAUUGCCGCAGCACCCAAUCGGAAGAUUCCCAACAGAGCUGAUUCUAUCACUAUUUACAUUCAUGUCGCACUAUACUCUUCUAUAUCGCUUGAUUGGACGCUAGUGUUGUGACAAUGACGUUAGUUUUUGGUGUACGCUUGUCGAUAGUUUGUAAAAUUGACUCUUAUCUAGGGUACCAUUCCGAAAUUUUAAUAGUCCGGUCAUAAGGCCUGACAUUCGCUUGAAAGUUCAAGGGACAAGCUGGCAACAACAUUCGGGUUUAACGAUAAAAUUGCAAGGUGUAUGUCUUAUUUUCUAUUCUGGAAAUUGUUACACUAAGCCGAAAAAUCCAGAUAAAUGUCGAAUCGGGACAGGUCAUGUCAUGAUAUGUCCGGACAAAUCCGGACGCAUGCUAUCCCUACUCUUAUCCAUGAAAAGUAAUACUAACUAUCAGUAAUAUUACUAUAGUUAUUUAUAAUUUGUUGUAUAUCGAUAAACACUGACAACCUCCCAGGACCAUAUCGACAAUGUAAAUUUGAAAAGUCGUAAGGGACAUUUUCCCGCAUUUUGCGUACGACUAAAUGUCCCUUACGACAAAGUGUCCCUUAUGACAAAAUGUUCCUUACGACAAAAUGUCCCUUACGACA